UAUAGGAUUUCCAAAGAAUCUAUAUAUAGGAUUAUUUUUUGUCCAUAACAGUUGGAAAACCUAUGGCAAAAGAAAUCACCGAGGAACAAAAUGAUUUUGGGCGUGUACUGCUUAAUUCCCCUUAAGCAAGCACUUUAAGUUUUUGAUUCUGAAAAUCAAUGGCGUCCCUUCCAGAGGAUGAAUCUCUAUUGAAAUCACUAUGUGAAAUGCAUCGAAACAGUCCCGAUGGGGCUUCUCCAGAGGAAUCUUUAAACCAACAACCUGCUAUUGAUCCUGAAUCAAAGUCAUCGAAACCAGGAGUUUGCAGCUGUUACAUGUAUAAUAGAUGUGCUUCAAAAAGUCAGCCUCUAUCGACGAGCUCAGAGUCUUUGGAGGACAGCAUACCGGCAAUAUACCGAUCAGCGUCGUUUUCUAAUUUCUUCAACUCUCCAAGAAGUUCCUCUACAAUCUAUACAAGAAAUCCAAUUAUUUAUUUGACAUUUUCCGAUGAAAGUAAGAGGCAUACACUUGAAAUGUGUUCACUUUGUACAGAACUCAGCGAUUCCCUUGAGUAUUCUGUGAAAAUUGAUUCUUAUAAAGCGCUUCGAAGAGCAGGAGAACUGAAUAUUCAUAGUUGGAGAGACACAAAUUACAAAAGAGCUAAAUGGAUACUGUUCUGUAUUUCACCGCAAUAUAAAAACGCAUUAAAAGCAGGAGAAGAUAACCGUCCAGUAGUUGAGAUAAAAGAACAAGAGCAAGGCAUUAUCUACAUUCAUAAUAUUGCAAGGGCGGAGUUUCUGCAAAAUGGGAGCAAAAACCAUAGAAUGAUACCGGUUCUUUUCACCAAAACUAAGGCAUCUACAGAUGAUAUUCCGGAAUUUUUAAGAUCUUCGGCAUUUUUCUGGUUUCCAGAUCAGAAAGAGGAUUUAUAUCAAUUUUUAAGUACACACAGAAAUGACAGUCUGUAAAACAAAAGCCUUUACAUGUAUAUUUGUAAAUACCUAUUUUGAGAUUGGAAGAAAAAGUUGAAAGCAUAUACAGUUAUAAAUAUAAUAGAGCCUAUUUGUAUAAACCACAAACGGAGGUUAAGGCAGCAGCUAGAUCAUUUUUCCGCCAAUGAACACUUCAAUAAUUAUUGUAAAAUCCACAAUUAAGGGAAAAUCAAAUAUUAAAUUUAUUAUAUAUUUCAAUUUAUUGUCCUUUAAAUAGUCCUGAAUGAGUCUCGGGUAAAUUGUUUUAUUCGAAAAAAUGUCAAUAAAAAAGUUUCAGCUAAUCCUUCAUCCAACAAUCGACUAUUUGAAUUUAAUGUCUUUAAAGACCUCUUAUCAAGGUACAUGUAGGAUGUGGCACAAUAAUAAUCUCUCACUAAUCAUUUGUUCCUAGUGCCAAAAAAAGGCAUAUAGCUGUAGAUUUAAAGAUCUUUACCGGUAUAUAGUGAACCUAUAUACUGGUGAAAAAUUUCGAAUGGAAGGUUAAACAAAAUAUAAACAAUCUUGUUACAGAAUUAAUUAUUCCAUAAUUUUGCAUGAAAUAAUUUGUACAUAGUAUUGAAUAAAGUUCAUCAAUUCCUAUUCAUCACACGAUGUUAGCAGCACAUUCAAAGUACAGUGUACAUUAAAAUAAGGAAAUAUUUGUUAUUUCAAAGUAUGCCGUGUAAUGUUGAACUUAAGCAUCUUUGUUGGUCAGAAAUACAGAGCAAAAACAAAACUAAGCCAAUUUUAUUUUUAAAAAAUUAGGAUAGUAAUUCAGCUAACUAAUUUCUCUCCAUUUAUUUUUAAAGAAUCACUCAUGAUAUUUACAUGUAGAAUAUAUUCUUCAUAUCUCUCAUUUCAUAAUUUUUUAACAUGAAUUACUGGAGGAUUGCUAUUUUUAUUAUCACUCAGUAUGCACACUUAUUUGAUCAACUGUUAUGAUUUUAUGUGUUAAGUAUUUUACCCUUAUGACAACACUUCAGUACAAUGACAAAGGUUUAACUAAUAUUUGUUUUGUAUGUUAGUAUUUAAUUUUAGCACUUAUAUUAAUCUUUAAACAUGAAUAAAAAAUGUUAUCUCA